CCCGGCGGGCUCAGAGCGGCGAUCCCGGCGGUACCGGAGCGGCGGGACCGGCGUGGCGGUACCGGCCUUGGCGUCCUACCCCUGCCCGCAGCAGCCCUGCCCGGCCCUGCCAUGCUGGCCGCAGAAUGGCCCCUGUGGAGCAGGACGCGCUGGCCGUGCGGGAGCAGCUCUUCCACGAGAGGGUCCGCGAGUGCAUCAUCUGUGCCCUGCUUUUCGCCAGCCUCUACAUCCUCUGCCACUUCAUCAUAACCCAUUUUAAGAAGCACACGGAUUUCACAGCAGUUCACGAUGACGAGGAUGCUGCUGUCAACAGGAUUGCGCUGGGGCUCUGUACCUUCACCCUGGCUGUGGCACUGGGUGCCGUCCUCCUCCUGCCCUUCUCCAUCAUCAGCAACGAGGUGCUGCUCUCCUUCCCCCAGAACUACUACAUCCAGUGGCUGAACGGGUCCCUCAUUCAUGGCCUCUGGAAUUUGGUUUUCCUCUUCUCCAAUAUGUCCCUGGUCUUCCUCAUGCCCUUCGCCUACUUCUUCACCGAGUCAGAAGGGUUUGCAGGAUCCAAGAAGGGCAUCAUGGCCAGGGUGUAUGAGACGUCUGUGGUGCUGCUGCUGCUGACGCUGCUGGUGCUGGGCAUGGUCUGGGUGGCCUCUGCCAUCGUGGGCAACGACGCUGCCAGUCGCCAGUCACUCUACGAUCUCUGGGAAUAUUAUCUGCCCUACCUCUACUCCUGCAUCUCGCUUUUCGGUGUCCUGCUUCUGCUGCUGUGCACCCCCUUUGGCCUCUCCACCAUGUUCACUGUCACUGGGAAGCUGCUGGUGAAACCCCGGCUCCUGGAAGACCUGGAUGAGCAGCUGAGCUGCACAAGGUUUGAGGAAGCCGCUGUGUCCCACAGGAUCCGCUCUGCAGGCAAAGCUUCCUGCUGGCUGAAUCUGGACAUGGAGAUGCUGCAGGAGCAAUUCUUUGCCGUCCGGAGCAAGAGGCGGAAGCUGGAGCUGCGGCAUCGAGCAUCGCCCUGGCAGAGGAACCUGGGCUACCCCCUGGCCAUGCUGGGCCUCCUGGCACUGACAGGCAUCUCUGUGCUCAUUGUCUGCUUCCAUGUGCUGGAGCUGCUGCUGGACGAUGCCGCGAUGCCACGGGGCAUCCAGGACGCAUCCCUGGGCCAGGUUUCCUUCUCCAUCUUCGGCUCCUUUGGAGCUGCACUGCAGGUUGUCCUCAUUUUCUACCUAAUGCUCUCCUCUGUCGUGGGCUUCUACAGCUCCCCCCUGUUCACCCGCCUGCUGCCGGAGCGCCGGGACACCCCCCUCACCAAGAUCAUCGGCAACUGUGUCUCCCUGCUGGUGCUCAGCUCAGCGCUGCCCGUCUUCUCCAGGACACUGGGGAUCACCCGUUUUGACCUCCUGGGGGAUUUUGGCCGCUUCAACUGGUUGGGGAACUUCUACAUCGUCUUCCUCUACAACAUGGGCUUCGCGGGGCUCACCACGCUGUGCCUGGUGAAAAGGGUCUCCUGGGCGGUGCAGGCCGAGCUCAUCCGUGCCUUUGGUGAGGACAGGGACACGGGGACACUGGGGUGGCUGCUGGCAUGUCCCGUGUCCCCCACCCUGGCUCUCACACUCUCCCUGUAUCCAGGUCUGCACAAGCUGCCGCUGCCUGUGAAGCGCCGCCGGACCCGCAGCAAGCCCGGCUAG